UUUCAGAGUAGAAAUGUCGACACUGGACACAACGAGAUGGGGCUAAAAUUCCACUUGCUGAUAACGUAACGAGAACAAACAGGAAUAUUUUUUACUUUGCUGUUUUCAAAGAAAAAGGUUAGAAAUUGGGAGGAUAUAGCCUCCUCUCGAUUGAGAAGGAAAAGGGGCAACUCACAAGCCGAGGAAAAAAGCAACUAGCAAUGGCAAUUUUCAGACGGAUACACUUUUGUAUUUUUGUGUAUCUUGUCCAAGUCAUCACAGCCACAGAAGAUUCGUGGUGCGUUGACCAAAACGCAUGCGCAAUGUACUCAAAGACUCACUGUGACUCGUAUGACUGGAUCAACCUUAACUGUCCAAAACUGUGUGGACACUGCGGAACAGAAGAAGCAACUCCAGAAACAGAGAAAGUUGCAAAUUAUUUGGGAGCAACAGCGCAGCCGACAGUAAAUCCACUUAAGGGAUGGGAGAACGCUCCGACUACAGUUCCGGACACUUCCAAGGUGGUUCUGGGCCGUAAUAAUUAUACCUACCCUAAGGUAAAAUACGAAGGUACUGCACCAAUCGUAGCUACGAACGAGAUAGCUAAUGAGACAAUUUACCCGGAAGUCAGUGUACCGACCAAUGGCUCUCCCUUAUAUAAUGUAUAUAACAAGACAGUAGCGUCUGAGAACAUACUUCCGGUGGUACAGGCUGGUGCGACAUCGGGUUCAGAAAUAGGUGUCUACGAUUCGUCGACCCCACAAGAAGCGCUUUCAGCUCACGUGGGAACGAUGGAACCAACCUCAGAGCCUCUUCUCGUUAUGAACGGAAGUGAACUUGUGCCAGUGGAAGAAAUGGAAGUUUUAGAAAUUAAAAAGAAUCCCGACUGGGUUGUGGACAUUCCUUCAGCGGUACAACCAGUUGAAAGCAACGGUGUAGAAAAAAUACGAAUUUCUUUUAUCGAGAAAAACCAGCCUUUGCAAGGUGUAAACGAGGUCUCCUUACAACCAGUACCAGAGGGUAAUAUGGAAAAUAUUAAAAUUUCAUUUCUUGGAAACGAAACAUCUCCUGUAACAGCUGAAGGAAAUGGGAUAAGCUUGGAAGCAACUCCAGCCGAGAAGCAAAACCAAAACAUUAAAAUUUCGUUUGAAACCGAUAAAGAACCAGCGGUUCCCAUUGAGGUCCCUGUAAUGCAUGAAACUCCAAGUCACGUGACUGUGCAAAACUUGACGUUAACGCAGCCGAGUACUGCGCAAUCACUCCCAACGCAGGCUCCUCCCAUGCCCAGCGGUCCUGAUGUAGUGAAUCCUUUUGCGGGAGGAAUUGUGGAUAAGAUUAUCAGCAACGCGACAGCCACAGCAACUCCGCUGACUCCAAAUCAGAAUAUCACCGUGGAUUUUAGACACAACACGGGUACUGGUGUCCCUGUGACCAUGCAACAGCUUCCCGUCGUAGAGCAGAAUGCUACAGCUGAGCCAAACGUUUACGAAACUUGGUGUAAUGACGACCCUGUGUGUGGUAAAUAUACAGAGGCCAGCUGUAACGAGGCGUGGUUGAAAGUUAACUGCCCCAAGAAAUGCAAAAUAUGCGGCAAUGAAACAACUUCAACAUUUACGACACCUCAACAAGCAGUGACGACAAAUAACACAACAAAUAACGCAACAGAGAAACCGUACACGGAGCUGUCUGUCACAGUACCCUCUGAGGUCACAAAAUCAUUGGAGACAUCACGAAAGCCUGUUUUAGUAAACAUUAAAGGUGAAAAUGGGAAACCGGCGUUGGAGGACCAGGUGUCAAACAAAGUACCCAUGGUGGAAACCAUUGUUGUCAAGCUUCCUGCAAACAUUAAAGCUGAAGACGAACACAAAGCUAAGAUUAAAGUAAAAGGUCCGGCGAAAAAUCACAUCAAUGUAACAGUGAGUCAUGGGACAACUAUUCUUCAAAUACCAGAAGCACCCUGGUGUAAUGACAAGAGUGAAUGUUCGCGAUACUCCAUGAACCAGUGUAAUGACGAAUGGGUUCAACUUAAUUGUCCAAGAAAAUGCCAGUUUUGUCGACCUGUUUGCAAGGAUAAUAAGGAAUGCAGUCGCUUUUCGAUAGAAAGCUGUGAAAACGAAUGGAUGAGAAAGAAUUGCAAGAAAAAGUGCGGUUUUUGUGAAGGGUUAGAACCCACAGGAAAAGGUGAAUCAGAAGGUGCUUGUGUGUCAAAAGAUCAUGAAGAUUGUAGUGAUUACCCGAUGCAUGAAUGCGAUAAUGAUUGGCUGGUUAAGAACUGCAAGAGAAAGUGUGGGCUCUGUAAAGUUCCAACCCCUGCUCCAGUUGGUUUAGCUGCACCCACUGCCUCACCCACCCCUGUUAACGUAACACAGCAAUUUGGGCCACUGCAUAAAGCAAAUUGUUAUUAUGACGGCAUACAACACGAGCAUGGCGAACGCUGGUCACCAGGCCCUUGCACGCCCGAAUGCAAAUGCGACGAUGGUAAAAUCCGCUGUACAUUGAUAGAGUGUCCUGAAUUGAACUGCCGUAAUCCGGUUAAGAAACGAUGGAAAUGUUGUCCUGAGUGUCCUGUAGAGGAAGGUCUGAACGCACGUUGUGUGGAGACUGAAGGUGGAACAAGUAAAGGCGCCUGCUGUGUUUUCCCUUUCGUUUAUCAUGGAACACAGUAUUUUGGCUGUACAGACGAUGAAAACAAGAGGCCUUGGUGUGCUACCACGUCUAACUACGACAUUGAUGGAAUGUGGGGGCAUUGUCUUGGAGAAGGUCGAGAAACGGUAGAAUCAUCGAAGACAACUAAAUUCACAUCUACUGGAGGAGUUGUGGCUACCAAUGGCACCCAUGCUAUCUCGAAGGCCACCUCAGCCACCGAAGGUCAUGUGACAAGCCACGCGACCCAGGCAUACUCCCAAGGAACAAGUGCAGCCACAGAGACUCCUAGUUCCGAUGAACUCCAAGAAUCCUCUUCAGUUGGAACCACUCCUAUGCCGGCAACAUUUGCAGCUCCCGUUACAGGAGUGUACUCAGAUUGGUCCCACUGGUCCUCGUGCUCGGCCACUUGUGGUGGAGGUACACAGGAGAGAACACGAAAAUGUUCCUUCCCUAAGGACACCCAGGGUGGCGUGGACUGUUCUUCUCUAGGUCCCUCGCUGGAAACGAGAGAAUGCAAUGCUCUUUUGUGUCCAGAGGAUGGUGGGUACUCAGUAUGGAGUGACUGGUCCGAUUGUGACGUCACAUGUGGUGGAGGCCUGACGCAGAGAUACAGAACCUGUAACAGUCCCUCCCCAACCAACGGUGGCCGUGAUUGCGCUGCAGUAGGCUUGGGACCUGCUAUGGAGUCUAAAGCCUGCAAUCUCAUUUCGUGUCCACAUGAUGGCGGCUACACUGAUUGGACCGGCUGGUCACAGUGCGACAAAACCUGUGGGGAGGGCACUAGGUACCGGACACGAUCCUGCACCAAUCCCCCUCCUGCUCACGGUGGACACGACUGCUCGUGGUUCGGGAGCGACAGAGAGGUGUCAUCAUGUAAUGAUGGUCCGUGUGAAGUCGAUGGAGGUUACUCAGAUUUUUCCGAGUGGACCGCUUGCAGUCGAACCUGUGGUCCUGGUGUGACAUCUAGACAUAGAACGUGCUCCAAUCCCAGCCCUUCCGCGGGCGGAAAGGAUUGUACAAACCUGGGACCAGCGUUUGAACAGCGCUCUUGUUUGUUGGCUGAAUGUCCAGCAAGCGGAAAUUGGACCAACUGGAGCAACUGGAACGACUGUACACGGACGUGUGGGUCUGGUAUCCAGUUCAGGAAGCGAGUCUGUAUUCACCCAAAAGGAGAACUGUUCUGUUUGGGAGAAAAAGUACAAUCGAGGCUUUGCAACAGUCGACACUGUCCAGUAAAUGGUAACUAUACUGACUGGUCAGAAUGGACGUCAUGUUCUACUACAUGUGGUGUCGGCGUCAAGGCCCGUAACAGAACAUGCACCAACCCGAUGCCUCAGUUUGGCGGGAAGUCAUGUGAAGAGCAGGGCUUGGGUCUGCCAAAUGAAGCCAAACAUUGCUACAUGCGGCAAUGCGGAGUUAAUGGCAAUUAUUCCGAAUGGGGUGACUGGUCGACUUGUUCACAUUCCUGUGGGCCUGGAUUCAUGGUUCGUAGUCGAAUGUGCACCAAUCCUCCUCCGUCGAGUGGUGGAUUCGACUGCUCAAGACUGGGUCGACCUGUGCAGAGUACUCAGUGUUAUCUUGUGGACUGUCCAGUUGACGGUAACUACACGCAUUGGUCCAACUGGACCGCUUGCUCCGCUACUUGUGGCGAGGGAACCACAACACGGACUCGCUCCUGUACCAACCCGUCUCCGCUCCACGGUGGCAGAGACUGCUCUGAUAUAGGACCCAAUAUUGAGAUCCAACCUUGCAAACAACAGGACUGUUUGGUAAACGGCGCUUACAGUGGUUGGUCCAGUUGGAGUGUGUGCAGUAAGACGUGCGGACGUGGGUUCAAAAAGAGAAUCAGAGCAUGCAACAAUCCUGUUCCCUCCAAUGGCGGCAAAGAUUGCUAUGAGUUAGGACUGGGGCCUAGCGAAGAACGCAGCCACUGUUUUGAGAGAUCGUGUCCGCUGGACGGAAGUUAUAACGAUUGGUCAGCAUGGACCACGUGUUCGAUGUCUUGUGGUGGCGGUGUGAAAUACAGGCAUAGAAACUGCACUAAUCCAACUCCCAUGCACGGAGGGAGAGACUGCUCUCUGAUUGGACCAGCUAUGGAGAGUGACAGCUGUCACAGUGAGCCCUGCCCAGUCAAUGGCAUGUAUGGAACAUGGAGCUUGUGGAGUGAAUGCGAUCGAACAUGUGGGGGUGGUAGUCGGGUCAGGUCUCGGUCAUGUACUAACCCCCCUCCUCAGUUUGGUGGCUCGGACUGCACCCCUCUUGGACCCGAGAAAGAGACUGAGCUGUGCAACUUGAACGCAUGUCCCGUUAACGGUAAUUACAGUGAAUGGACUCUAUGGACGCCGUGUUCGGUGACUUGUGGUCAAGGCAUCAUGACCAGGAAGAGGUUCUGUACCAAUCCUCGUCCUACAGUGGGCGGAAAAGACUGCGCUUGGCUGGGACCGGAUCACGAGAAAACAAGCUGUCAGCUGGUGGACUGCCGAGCCAACUGCACGUGCGGAGCGUGGACUGAAUGGAGUGAUUGUUCAUUCACGUGCGGAGGCGGCGUGCAACAUCGCCAGAGGGACUGCUCACCACCCAAAUACCAGAAGGAGAUGUCAUGUGAGAAUGAUAAGAAGGAAAGCCGACUGUGCCGGUCAGAACCAUGUCCAAUUGACGGAAAAUACAGUGAUUGGUCACCAUGGUCACCGUGUUCAGUCACGUGUGGAAUCGGAAAGAAGAACAGAACUCGCUCGUGCAUGUCACCCAAACCACAGUUUGGCGGGAAAUCGUGCACUGAGCAGGCCCUUGGACCGGGUAUGGAGAUAACUCAAUGUUAUCUGACGCCAUGUCCAGUGAAUGGUGGUUAUACUGAAUGGAACGGCUGGUCACCAUGUUCGGUCACAUGUGGCCGUGGCAUCAAAAAGAGGCAGAGAUUCUGCACCAAUCCUGAGCCAGCAUAUGGUGGUGUCGCCUGUGGACACUUGGGAUCUGGGGAGGAGAUUGUCCAGUGUUAUGAUGUGAACUGUCCUGUUGAUGGUAAGUACAGUCCUUGGUCUCAGUGGUCCGCCUGCUCCAAGACCUGUGGUUACGGUAUUCAAACAAGAAAACGAACCUGUACAGAUCCAGAGCCACAACAUGGUGGACGGGACUGCACGGACCUCGGAGAUCCGGAACAUAUCCGACCCUGCCAAGUUAUUCAGUGUCCUAUUCAUGGAAAUUACUCUGCUUGGUCCAACUGGGGCUCUUGUUCAGCCACGUGUGGGCCUGGAGUCAAAAAACGCACGCGCACAUGCAUCAACCCGGAACCAGAAUAUGGUGGGCUCACAUGUAAAGAGAGGGACUUGGGACCUAAUACCGAAGCCACGAAAUGCAAUCUGGGAGAAUGUCCAGUAAAUGGUGUUUGGGGUCCGUGGUCAUUGUGGUCAGCGUGCACAACCAGCUGCGGCCCGGGGACUAGGGAGAGGAAGCGGUCAUGCAACAGUCCACCUCCUAAAAAUGGCGGUGAACCUUGUCGCGGCGCCGAGAAACAAGUUGGUGACUGCAGCUACCGACCCUGCCCAGUUGAUGGUAAUUACACCGAGUGGACAGACUGGACUGUGUGCGACAAAACUUGUGGAACGGGAAUCAUGACGCGAUGGCGCGCAUGCUCAAACCCAGCUCCUAAGUUUGGCGGCAGAGAUUGCUCCUUGUUCGGUCCUGAUACUGAACGAAAAUCAUGUCAAGUGAAGGAUUAUUGUCCUGUCGACGGAAACUGGGGCGAGUGGUCAUCUUGGACUGCCUGUACUAAAUCCUGUGGUGUCGGUGUGAGAAUGCGCGUGAGGUCAUGUGAUAAUCCAACUCCAUCCAAAGACGGAAGAGAUUGUAUUGGACAGAAUACGCAAACAAUUGACUGUAAAGCGGGAGAAUGCUGUGAUGUACCCAUGAGGCCAUUGGGUUGCUUUGUGGAUAACAAAUUGUCUGUUCGACCCCUCCCCGAGCUUGUUUUCACGGACAAUGAUCCUCAGAGCACCUUGUACAGCGGUAUUAACGUGCAGUCUGACGAUUGGGAAGCGUAUAUGCCAGAGCUGGUGUGUAGGUGCGCCAAAGCGGCCGCAUCGAAGAACUACACUCACUUUGGUAUCCAAGGUUAUGGUGAAUGCUGGUCAGGACCUAACUCUGCUAAAACGUAUUCUCGGGACGGGGUCGAGAACAGAUUCACUCAAAGACCCGAACCUAAGCCGUGGGUCGGCUGUGUUGGAGACAACUUUGAGAGAUGCCGCGGUGGAAACGCGCAGUGCGUUGGACAGGAGAAAAGCAACUUUGUUUACGCGUUUUUGAACGUUCAACCCAUGAAUGGAAACUAUGGUCCUUGGUCCCCUUGGACGUUGUGCUCUAAAUCGUGUGCUGGCGGUGUGAGAUCACGAAUAAGGAACUGCACCAAUCCAGUCCCUGAGUACGGUGGCAAGGACUGUUCCGCUCUUGGAGAGCCUCAGGAAAGCGAGCCUUGCAAUACCAAAAAGAUUUGUCCAGUUGAUGGCGCCUGGGGCGCGUGGAGCAACUGGACCGUGUGCUCAAAGUCGUGUGGCAAAGGUUUUCAAGAGAGGAGCAGACUCUGUGACAGUCCCGCCCCGGCUAACGGUGGCCAAGUGUGCCUGGGACCGGCAAAACAGAAGUUGUCUUGUAACCAAGGAGAAUGCCCUGUAAACGGCAGCUGGUCAGCGUGGAGUGCAUGGCAAGCAUGCUCAGCAACCUGCGGGGAUGGACUUCAAUUGAGGACUCGUGUCUGUAAGAAUCCUGAACCAAGUAACGGUGGUUACUCUUGUGAGGGAGAUGAGGUUGAAGUAAAGCCUUGUACAGUGAGGAGAUGUCCUAUCAAUGGAAAUUACUCUGAAUGGUCAGAUUGGUCCGAGUGCAGCAGAUCAUGUAGCGGCGGCAUCAAAACGAGGAAGCGUGAAUGCAUCAACCCUAGUCCUCGCUACAACGGCAGAGAUUGUAAAGAGAUUGGGUCGGCAAUCGAGAAAGUUCAUUGUAACCCACAGUCCUGUCCAGUGCACGGAAACUGGGGCUCAUGGAACAUGUGGAGUUUCUGCUCUGUCAAGUGUGGACCAGGCAAGCGCGAACGCAUGCGCAAGUGUGACAAUCCACCGCCCAAGUUUGGAGGAGAAAACUGCCCUGGUUCAGACAGACAGACCAUGCCUUGCAGUCUGUCUGAUUGCCCAGUAGACGGUAAAUGGGGUCUGUGGUCUCCUUGGACUGCGUGUUCAGCUACGUGUGGCGCUGCUAAGCGCUCGAGGACACGCGGGUGUGAUCACCCUCCACCCGCGCACGCCGGAAAAACAUGCGAGGGCCCAGAGAAGCAGGAAGAAUACUGCAAGCUGCAGCCAUGCAUGGUUAACGGCGGCUACACCAAUUGGGGCAAGUGGACCGAGUGUGACGUCACUUGUGGCGGUGGUCAUAGACAACGAUCACGUGCCUGUACCAACCCUGUACCUGAGUUUGGCGGGCUCAACUGCACUCAUUUGGGUGACUCGGUCCAGUCAGAUGUGUGUAACACUCGACCGUGUGCACAACCCGGAGGUUGGUCCGGUUGGUCAGUUUGGUCUUCCUGUAGUCGAUCAUGCGGAAGCGGAAGUACGACCAGAAGACGAACUUGCACCGCGCCCCCACCCUCCUAUGGUGGGCCUGACUGUGUAGGGGAUAGUGUGGAGAGGAAAGCUUGCAAGCUACAGGACUGCUGUGAGAUUCCAUACAAGGCUCUGGGUUGUUACCGCGAUAAUCACAACUUAUACCGACCCCUCCCUGAGCAGCUGUUCAGUGACCCACAGGAGAAAAUCGACUUCAAAGACUGGCCGAAUUAUCUGUCUGACGCCAUCUGCCGAUGCGCCCGUGAGACUCAGAGAAAAGGAUACAGAACAUUUGGUUUACAAAACUAUGGUGAAUGUUUGUCCGGUGAACGAGCGGGUGACUCUUAUUUCCAAGAAGGAGAACAACUGUUGUUCAUGGCGCCAACACAGCCCAAACCACUGUUAGGAUGUGUUGACAAUGAGUUGAAACUGUGUACGGGAAAUAAUUUGGAAUGCGCCGGACAGGAAAAUUCCAACUAUGUGUUUUCUUUGGAUGAUGUCAAAGCUGUUCAAGGUAAUUACACAGAAUGGAGCGAAUGGAGCGACUGUUCUUCCAAUUGUGGGACUGGCGAGAGGUUCCGAACAAGGAACUGUACCAGUCCCCCUCCGGCUUUUGGAGGAAUGGACUGUUCGUUUAUUGGAAUGGACAGAGACGCAGAAAGUUGUGAGAAGAGAGCAUGCGCAAUUGAUGGUAACUGGGGUGCAUGGGGGAACUGGAGCACGUGUUCAGCGACGUGUGGUCAUGGCACAGUUCAUAGGACGCGCACGUGCGAUAACCCUGCUCCUUCUAAUGGCGGGAAACCUUGCGCAGGAGAGGGUCACGAGACAGCAGAGUGUCGCAUGACACCAUGCCCAUUGAAUGGUCGUUGGUCCGUUUGGAGCUCAUGGAGUCCUUGCUCAGUAUCUUGUGGCAACGGUCGGCAAGAGCGCAUGCGCAAGUGUAACGAUCCCGUACCCGAGUAUGGCGGAAAAUUCUGUCAAGGACCUGCCAGAGAAUUUCACAAUUGUGAAGAAGAUGAUUGCCCAGGUUACUGGAGUGAAUGGUCCGCCUGGAGCGCUUGUUCAAAGACGUGUGGUGCUGGUGGAAGGCGUGACAGAACACGCACAUGUCAAGGAGGAGCCACGUGCGUGGGCUCCGCGCGCGAGAUUGAAGUCUGUAAGGUUCAGGAUUGUCCAGUUUGCCACAAGGCUGUAGACCUUGCUUUCGUCCUGGACGCCUCUGGCACAGUGGAUGAUUCUCAAUGGAAAUUAACGAAAGACUUCGUCAAAGGUGUCAGCAGUGGUUUCCGUCUCGCCCCUAACAAGACUCAAGUGUCUAUUCUAGCCUACUCCACGUUACCACAUCUCGAAUUGAGAUUCGAGGACAAAAAUAUUUACGACGGCAUGGACGAUUUCCUUCAAUCGAUGUCUCAGCCACGUGGUGACACGCGUACGGACCGCGCCCUGAAAUUGACACGUGAUCGAUUGAUAACCGCUGAAACGGGCGCACGUGACUUUACGCCCAAAGCGAUUGUUAUUGUUACCGAUGGCGGAGACGCGCCUGACACCACGGCGAAGCGCGCCGAGCAACGCGCCCGCGAACUCAAGGAUAUGGACGGUGCCACGAUUGUUGCUCUGGGGGUGGGAGACAAAGUGGAUCAGUACGAACUGAGGCAGCUUGCGUCUGAUCCUGAUCAUGCAUUUUUGGUUGCUUCAUAUGAUGAUAUCAUUGGUUACGUCAAAUCAGCGGCUGACGCAGUCUGUACAGCCAAGCCACCUCCUCCUCCACCUCGUUGGGGCUCGUGGACUGAAUGGAGUCCUUGUAUGAAGACUUGUGGCACAGGCGUCAGUUUGAGAACACGGAAAUGUCUAACCGGAGCGAACUGUAGAGGAACUGGUACCGAGACACGAAAAUGCAAGAUUCAGGAUUGUCCUUCUUGCCAGCUGGCAACAGACCUCGCUUUCGUUCUCCCCGUUUCCUCCAAAAUAAACGACACGGAAUGGCGAGAGGUGCAGAACUUUGCCAAAGGCGUGGCAAACGCGUUCAACAUUUCUUACCCUGGUACCCACGUGGGCGUCUUGUCCUACUCGUCGCAGGCCACCAUGGAGAUGAAAUUCAACCGUUACUUUUACCAGUCUGACGUGCUGAACGCUAUUGAUAACAUUUACCCGGAAGCUAAGAGCGACCAAGGAUCGAGAUUAGAUGACGCUCUGGAAAUAGCCAAUUACGAGCUGUUUACUCCCGCGGGAGGGUCACGUGAUCAGGUUACGAGGGCACUUGUGGUGCUGCUGUCUGAUAAGAUAGAUAACGAAAAGAUUGCUGGGAUUGUACACCGAUUGAAGUUUGGUGGUGUGACCCCAGUAGCUAUAGGAGUGGGGUCUGGUGUCCAGCGUGACGAGUUGUUAAAGAUCGCAGACGCAAACCACACAUUUUCUGUGGAUUCGUACAACGAUCUAAUCACAAUAGCAGGGAAGGUUGUCAAAAGCGCGUGUAAAGCUCCAGACUUCCUACUUGAUCAAAUUGUCACCGAAAAACAACGCACUGGUCACGCAUUUCACCGGGUGCCAGUCUUCCACGUCGGUUCUUAUCCAGCAACAUAUCAAGGAGUGAGCUCAAUGCCAGUAACACCCGGUCAGCAACAGACCAUGAAUAGCUUUGUUCCGACGCAAGGUCAACAGACAAGCCAGGGUUAUGCUCCAACUAAAGGAUUCUCCAUGAACGCGGCAUCAGGACAGCAGCAAGUUACCUCUGCCCCUGCGUCAACUCAGCAAUCUGCUGAACAGGUCUCUGUUCCACAAGUGGCUUUUGCGGGUGUCACAUCAACCCCGCCAUCACCUAGUCAGGCAACAAGCGGAGCUCAACCAGUUCCUUCAAAAGCAGCAUCGACCCAGCAACCUGUUGAACAGGUUGCUAUUGUUCCUCAAGCGGCAAGUUUUAGUGUAACAGCAGCGUCGCCAUCAACUAAUUCGACAACAAACGUGACUCAAUCGAUUGUCUCUAACGCCACAGCAAUUCAGCAACCUUUUGAACAGGUGACUUCCGAUUCACAAGCUACAAGUGCUGGUGCGACGUCAGCGCCGUUACCGGCUGCUCAGGGAACAGUUGCAGCUCAACAGAUUUACUCAAAUGAAACCUCAGCUCAACAACCUGGUGAACAGGUUACCUCUGCCGCCCAGGCUGCAAGUACAGGCGUGACAUCUGCUCCGCUUCCAACGAGUCCGAUUGCAAACGUGACUGGGCCGGUUUUCUCGAACGUAACGUCGCCUCAACAACCCGCUGGACAGGUUCCUGCAGCAGCGCAACCCCCUCAAACUGUUUACGCAAAUGCUACACCUACACAACAACCAGCGACGAUGAGUCAAGCUAUACCACCUCAGCAACCUGUCAAUCCAGUUUCAGGAGUGCAACAACCAGUUUAUUCCAACGCUACAGCAACACCUCAGCAGCCUCAAGAGAGUAACGGUAACGAAAGUGCUCCUGAAGUCGGCCCUCAGUCCCCGCAGGGUGUUCCCCAGGGGGUGUAUUCUAAUGUCACGACAUCACAGCCAGUGAAUCCGCAACAGCCUGAGCCUACGUAUUCAAACGUUACAGUUCCUCCGCAGAAUGUCACCUCUGUUCUUCCACCAACAAACGAAUCUUUGACACCGACUUCGGUACCUCAGUUACCAAGCGCUCCGGCAGCUCCUGUUCAAGUUGGGACAGAAGCUGGAGCAAACGCCACAAUCCCGCAGGCUCAACCACAACCUGCCCAGGCUCCAGCAGCACCAGUAUACAACGGCACUGUGGCUCCUGCCCAGGCUCCAGCAGCACCAGUAUACAAUGGCACUGUGGCUCCAGCGGCGCAAGGCACGAGUGCACCUGCUCAGAAUGUUUCUGCUGUCCAAGCGGUGCCUGCUGUCGCUUCUCCUACCGCUCCGCCUGCCGCACCGCAAGUAACAGCUGGAUCUCCUCCUGCGCCCGCACAGCCAAGUGCGCCUUUGCAAUCGGCUGAGAGCGCUGCCCAAGGUGUUACCCCACAGAGCCCUGCAAGCACUCAGCCAUUUGUUUGUCCAUAUGCUAUGGAUAUCGUGUUUGCUUUGGACUCAUCCACGGACGUUACUCCAGUCCAGUGGACUCAACAGAAGGACUUCAUGAAGAAAGUUGCUGAUGGUUUUAAUGUACAGGAGAGCGGGACCCAUGCAGCCUUGGUCGCUUAUUCCACUAUACCUUCAAUCAACUUGAAACUUGGAGAGCGGAAUGUGAAAGGAGAGGUUGAUAAGGCUUUUGAUGACCUGCCACGUGAUCCUGGUAAUAGAAAUCUGGUCAUUUUGUUGGAAAUGGCUAAAUUCGAGGUGUUCACAAAGUCUAACGGUGUGAGGACCCAUCUCCCCAAGGCCCUUGUGGUGACGGUGCUUGGACCCCAAAACGAUCACAACACUAACGCCGCCAAGAGCCUAAAGUCCUUCGCUAAGCAGUUGGAAAUCAGUGGUGUAAAGGUGAUCGCUAUAGGCAGCCCAAGCAUUGCUGAAUCAGAACUUUCUACAAUGACAACGGAGCCUAAGUAUGCUGUACGGGUUAACGAUCUCCAGUCUCCAGCUGAAGCUGAGAAAGUGACCAAGAUUAUUUGUAACGUGGCGGCAGGGUUCCCGUCCACAAGCGAGAGUGGACCGCAAGCACCAUUUCCCUCCCCAGUCCCCUCUGUGCAACAGAAAGUUGCUUCUCCUACCCAAGCUCCCGCCCAGCCCGCAGCAGCUGCAACACACAUGAAUAACUUGUACAAGAGAACACCUUACCCAUUCAAUUGUCAACCCGUGUUGUAUUACGACUUCGACAAGUUUUGCGCGGGUGAAGUAUUUGACGAGUCGGGCUCUGGCAACAACGGGCUGUCCCGCGGGAGUGUGGUUGUUGAGCCGGGAUACAACCAAGACAACGGUGUAGACUUAUCAGACGGGUUCAUUCAGUUGGAUGGAAUGAAUUUCAAGGGUAAGCCGACUCUUGGUGUUACUAUAUCAGCAUGGGUCAAGGUUAAGAACGUGACUGCGCCGAACAUAAACGAGAUCUUCGUGACGGAAGCACCUGGAAUAACAGACCCCUCGAAACAGGGACAGUACCACUUUGAGAUCUUAAACAAGGGUAAAGUUCGCUUCUUCCAACGGAAUAUGGACAAGACAGUGUACGGGAGAACUACUAUUGAGGGAAUCCCAGAAAAUAAAUGGGUUCACUUGGCGGGAAUUUACAAUCCUGAAAGCAAACAGGCCGCAAUUUACAUCAAUGGACGAGCUGUUAAGAACUAUGAACAGACGGAUGCACAAGAGACUGAAGCUUUGAACACAGAUUGGAGUAAGGCUGCGUAUAUUGGGACAUUUUACGACGAUGAGGGGCCUCGACGCCAAUUCAAGGGUGCCCUGGAUGAGUUCUAUAUCUUCCCCUGUGCUCUCCCAGACGAUCAAAUCGUGACCCUCAAGGAUACUCACAGAAUACCCAAGUUUGUGGGUCCGUACCCAGGCGUGAAGCGGGAAGUCUGGCGCGGAGUUAAAGGCACCACUAUAACGGACUUGGCCACGCAGAAAGACUAUCCAAACAACCCCUCUGAGGCCUCCAUCAUUGAGGACUUCGACGCACCUAAGAACGAGGGCGACGAUUACGGUUCCCGAAUUAGAGGCUACUUCGUGGCGCCCUAUACGGGAACCUACUCGUUUUCUCUGUCUGGUAACGAUGAAGCUGAGUUGUUCUUUAGUGGGUCGUCGAGGGAAAAAGACAAAGAUUUGUUUGCCGUGGUUAGAGGAACUGGGCACAACAAGUUUGCAGAACAUCCCUACCAACAGUCUGGUUACAUUCCACUGGAGGCUGGCAAGUAUUACUGGAUUGAGGCCCUGCACAAGGAAGGAAUUAACAGGGACUCCUUAUCCGUUGGCUUCACCUUGGAGUGCCCUAAUGCACCAUCGGUACUUUCUGAGAAACCGAUUCUAAGGCCAAGCCUGCAAUAUCAGAUUCCUCGGAGCUGUACUGAGGUCAAGAAAAUGUGGCCUGGGUUCAAGGAUGAUGAAUACGUCAUACAGAUGACUCCUUCUUGUAAUCCUAUUCGUUUGUACUGCCAUGGCCUCGAUACAGCCUCCCCCCGUGAGUACAUUACUCUGCCAGCUGGCCCCGAUAGGAACUUCGCUAGUUUUUACAGGGGUAGGCUGCUCAACUAUGAAUCCUGCUCUGGCUCUAUCAACCCUGAACCCAAACUGACGGCGAACUACUGGGGAACAACAAGGUUUAACAAAAUUCGUGUCGAUCCCACGACGGGUCUCGUUCACAGAGAGGACUUCCAGUUUGCAAAGACCGAGGGCAACCCGGUUCGAUUUGCUCGCGCGGGAGACUGCUUCUCAGCUGCGUCCAAAUGCCAAAAGGGUAAAUUCCAGGUGGAUCUCUCUGGCACGGGAUUACGCAUGCGUAAAGAUGUAGAUUGGGAGGCCUGGGGCACACCAAAAGUACCACAGCGGUUGCUGAGCGUUCGUAAGGCGGAAGACGGAAUGAUGGCAUACGGUGAAUGUGGAGGGUCGUGUGGGGGAUGCCAACCGAUCAAAGAAAAGAUGUUUGUGGAACCAGCAGCCUGUACCGAUCCUUCCACUACAGAUGCCGUUGCUCGUCAGUCGAUUCCCUCACCUGGUGCCAAAAAAGAUGAAAAAGGACAGAAAAAAUCUGUUGUAAGUUCACCACAGAAGGUGCAUGUUAGGUCCGAGGCCCCUUACCCGCACGAAAGGGAGUUUUUCCGUUCGGGGCCUGGGCUUGAGGAGACAGAAUUGGAAGUGUUAGGUCAUGUGACAAAGAAGAAGAAGCGAAGUGAGUCAACGAAGAAAAAGAGAAAGCGACAUCUCAGCGAAUGAAAAACAGCGCAGUAUAACUGUUUAGGAUUAAAAGAAAGAAAAGGAGGAUGAGAAAAUAGAUACGGCAACAUUUGUUAUACCAUGUACAAAACUGAACAUUGGGUUGAGUGCCUCGUUUUAACUUUAAAAUGGAGCUUCUCUGAUCUGAAAAUGAUGAAUAUUUGUAAUGGGGUUUUUGAAUAAUCUAUGAUUUACUGAUAUUUUUUCGUUUUAAAGUGGCUGCAAUAAGAAUGUGGCGGCAAAAGAGAGUUUCACUGUUUAAUCCUCAGCAUGUAGGCGUGAGAGAAAGUUUGUCAGCCUCGCUCAUGGUUUCGAUGUUCCUUUUUAGGAUAUAAUCCUGCAGUCCUUGGUUCCUGCUUUGUAGUUGUAUUUUAUUCUAUUGUGUUUCUAUACUUAAUGUUAAGGGGCCUGAAAAAACUCCAGUUUAAAAUAUAAAGGGCCUCAAGACGAAUCAUGUACGGUCCAAGGGCUUUAAAUUACUACUGCAGCAUUAAAAGGGACGACGUGGGCCUUUUCUGUCACGGCCUUAAAGAAAAGGGACUCUCCUCUCAGGACUUCAUAGUAACGUAAUGUUUGAAAUGGGAUCGGAAUGUUUUCUUUUAAAAUGUAAAGUCCUAAAAGGGGUAUGACAAGUAAGGCCUUUCUUUUCGCAUUAUUUACGUCAGUAUUUGUGCAACUGAUUGGCGUAGAUAAUGGUCAUGAUUGAGAAAUUGAUAUCCUGAGUCAAGAUGGUAUGGUCAUCGGUAGAGUGAAUUAAUCUCUACCCAAGGAAACCAUUUAACUGGCAUUCACAUUUAUAAAGACAAGCAAUAGCGAGUCAACAGUUCGUUAAGCUUCACGGUGGUAGGCUGAAAUAUAAUGAUAAAAAAUGAACCAUGGCAAAUAUAUCGAAUACCCUGGAGUGAGUAAUUAUACCAAUUAGUUGCAAGUUUUAGUUUCUUGUAUAUUGCAGAAAAAAACGCUCAAUCUUCGCUUGAUUAGCUUCUUAUUUUAAAAAUCACCCUUCUCUCCUAGUCCAGUGUAAAUCUCUGGUCAUAACAGAUUACAAAUACAGUAACGACGGUUAGAAUUGAACACAAAUUAUGAAAUUCAUGUCUUGUUUUGUAAAAUUAUUCAAAAGACACUGGUGUAAAAGAUCAUAGAUUAUUUUUUGAUGUGAAAAUAAACG